GAGCUCGGCGGAGCUUUGCAGCGCUGGAGGAGGCGGUUGUGGCUCGUAAGGCGAUCGCGGCUGCGAGCGGCGUUUCUUCCCGGCCAUGUCCGCCGCCUGUUGUCGCCCCCACCCGGCUCCGGAGCCCACGCUGGGCAGGGACAUCCCCGGCCCUAACAAGCUGCUCGAUUUGGCCGAGGGAGUCUCCUUGCCUCCGGGCGACUACGGCACCACGCCUGGCGGCACCCUCUUCGGAACCACGCCUGGCGGUACCCGCAUUAUUUAUGACCGCAAAUUCUUAAUGGCGUGCCGAAAUUCUCCAGUUGCCAAAACACCACCUUGCAAUCUUCCGGACAUUCCAGGUGUGACAAAUCCAAGUAUGGAUGAGCUCCAGACGGAGAUGAACUUCAUGUCUGCUGACGAUGAGAAACCAGGCUUAGGU